UCCACCAGCUCAGAUAUGAAGAUCCUGACCCAGCUAGCUUUCAUAUUUCUGCUUGGAGGAAUUUGCUGUCACAUCAACCGUAACACUAAAUCUAGUGCCAAGUCCACCAAGAAGUCUGGGAACCAAGGAGGCCAUGUGGACCAGCCUCAACCUGAGGCUGACGCUCCCUCUGGGAGCUCCAGAGGCGCAGCUGAGUCCGGACGCAAUGGCACCGCCGGAGCUCAAGCGGCUGGACAACAGACGGACGACAUGAGGCUGCACUUCCUCAGGAACACUCAGGUUACGUGUAACGAUGGAACAGCAGCCGGGUUUUACCUGAAGGAAUUCAGAGGAAGCCGCCGGUGGCUGUUAUUUCUGGAAGGUGGCUGGUGCUGCUACAACAAAGAGACCUGUGACGCCAGGUUCCAGAGUAUCCCUCGACUGAUGAGCUCAUCACUGUGGCCCCAAACAAAACGAGGCAGUGGAAUAUUGUCUUCUCAAGCGGAGGAAAACCCGCACUGGCACAAUGCGAACAUCGUAUUUAUUCCAUAUUGUUCCAGUGACGUAUGGAGUGGCACUGGGCCCAGCCCAACCCCUCAUCCAAAGCCACGACAGGGCAAAGACAAAGAAAAAGAUAAAAAUUCAACGGACUACACUUUUAUGGGCUCGCUCAUUAUCCGUGAGGUCAUCAAAGACCUCAUCCCCAAAGGAAUUAAGCAGGCCAAGGUCGUCUUGCUUUCCGGCACAAGUGCUGGAGGGACGGGUGUUUUGCUGAACAUUGAGAGGGUGGCCGGUCAGCUGGAGCAGCUCGGUGCUGAAGCUCAGGUCAGAGGCCUCGUCGAUUCUGGGUGGUUUCUAGAAAGUAAGCAACAGAGAGCACCUGACUGUCCUGAAACCGUGUCCUGCUCACCUGAAGAUGCUAUCAAGAUAGGGCUCAGGUUGUGGAACGGGAUUGUCCCUGAAAGGUGUCGGCAGCUCUAUCCAAGUGGAGAGGAGUGGCAGUGCUUCUUUGGCCACAAAGUGUACGCUGCCUUGUCCUCCCCCCUGUUUGUGGUGCAGUGGCUGUUCGAUGAGGAGCAGCUGAGGGUCGAGAACAUCUACAUAGGAGGACGGAGUCUGUCAGAGGACCAGUGGACGUAUGUCCAGAAUCUGGGCAAGGAGAUUAAAACCUCCCUGAAAGAAGUCACGGCUGUUUUCGCUCCAUCCUGCCUCUCACACACUCUGAUUACUAAAAGUAACUGGAUGAGUUUCCAAGUUAAGGGCACGUCUCUGCCGCGGGCGCUGCACUGCUGGGACAGGAACCUGGAGGCCAUCCGGAACAACAGGACAGCAGCCCGUGGUUGUCCAUUCCACCUGGUGGACACCUGCCAGCGGCCGCAGUGCAACCCCACCUGCCCCCCAUUGGUGGACCAGGCCACCCAGCAGCAGCUGACCCUGUUCCAGAUGCUGGUAGCCAUGGGUCUUGACCUCCAGAAGCUGGGCCUACAAGCCCCAGCGGAUGAAAAUUCCCCGGCCAGCAAUGGUGGCUAAAAAAACUCAGCUCAGAUGGCUUUUUACCAGCUGGCCACUUCAAAAGCUUCACUGGGGGAAGAGAGUAUGUUAAAAUUUAAAUGUAACCAUAGAAAUAAUGCAGAAACCUGGUUACGACUUGUCGUGCUGUCCAGCAUUCCAUUACGCUCUGUGUGUGCGUGUGUCAGUCUGGUGACUUAGCAGGUUCAUCACUGCGUCUCCAACCAGACGGUUUGGGUCUCCUUCUCAUGGACUCCAGACCAAAGGGCAUUGGGUCAACACCCACAGUGGUGCUGAGUGUAGGUAGAAGAGUUUUGCAGAUGGAUGGACGUGCUCCAACAAUACACCUCAUCUCCUCAUUCAGUCUCACAGUGAAGCGGGACACGUCCAGAAUUAGAGGCUCCUGCAAAACACCAACUGCACAAACGCUGUGCAUCAACAGGAGUCUGCGACCGAUCAGCACGUAGAAUUAUUAUCU